CAUUUGAGUCACUUGAGUUUUUCAGCUUAUUAAGGCGGGAAAGAGGUAGAACUUAUUCAGUAGUAUAACAUUUAUGGGGACAGUCAUACACAUUACAAGAAAGAAAGAUACAAGAUCAAACGAUUCAUCAGAUCAAACUUCAGAAGAUAAAGACACACAGAAUACAGUAACUUUUAAAAGAAAAAGACUGGAUAGUGGUGAAGAAAGUUCUCAAUCUUCCGAUGAAUCCUUAUCUCCUGAAGUUAAAUAUAAUGGUCCUCCUGUAAGAUAUAAACUUUGUUAUAAAAACGGACAUUCUGAGAUUGUUAAAGAUCUUUGCAUAUUACAAGAUGAAUCCAAAUCUAACUAAGUGUUCUGACAAUGAAAUAUAUAAAUUAUUAAUGUCUAAUAUAGAAAGUAAAAUACCUAUAAUCAAAUUACAUAGGAUUUCAGUUAAUGAAUUAUUAAAAUAUAACCAAGAUGAAAGUGAAAAUUCUUCUGACUCUGAGAAAUUAUUUGUGUCUAAAAAUUCAUUAUCGAAGAGUACGUCCAUCAAGAAAUCAAAGAAUUCAUUAAAAAUUAAAUUGAGACGUUCUACAGAACACAGCAAUUAUAAAAUUGAUAAUGAGAGUAGAAGAAUUUUAUCUAGUAGAACAAAAAAUAUAAAAGAAAACAAUGAUCCAAUAGAAUCACCACGUAGAACGGAAAGAAUUCGUAAUCAACCUAAAAGAUUUAGUGAAUAUGAAUGGCAUAUGUCUCCUACUUUAAAUUCUUUAAGAUCUAGAAAAACUAUUAAUUAUAAUGAAAAGUUUAUGUAUAGUAACACAAUUAAAAAACAUAAUAAACAUACAUUCUCAAAGAAUAUUGAAGAUAGUAAUGAUAAAAAACAUAGAAUAACACAAAAACGAUUAUCGAAAGUAUCAAAUAAUAACGAAGAAAAUAGAAAAUGCGUUGAUGAUAUUCAGUUCCAUAAUAUUGUAGAAACACCUAAGAAAGCAGUCAAACGUAUUUCUCGUACAACAUUUAUAAAUCUAACAGAUGAAAACUUAGAUGACAGUGAAGAUGCUUUAUUAUUGACAAAAAAAAAUAGACAAUCUGCUAGAAAUAUAUUAGAAAAUGAAAAAAGUAAAGAUGAUAAGCAUGAAGAAAUUGAUGAUUUAUGCGAUGGCAUUAUGGCAAUGUCAAAGAAUCUUCUAACACCAAAAAAGAAAAAUAAUAGACAGGAGCAGGAAGAACCUAAAAAUAUGAAAAACAAUAUAAGGACACCUAAAUCAUCUGUUUCGAUAAAAUAUAAUAAUUUGACACCAUUCAUGGAAAAAAGAGCUUCAUUAUUAGUAAAACCAUCAACACCUUUGCAACAGAGUAGAUCUAAACUACAUGUGAGUGUUGUACCGAAGUCACUACCUUGCAGAGAAGAGGAAUUUAAUAAUAUCUUCACGUUUUUAGAAGGAAAAUUAAUGGAUAAAUGUGGAGGAUGCAUUUACAUAAGUGGAGUGCCUGGAACAGGUAAAACUGCCACUGUAAAUGAAGUAAUACGUUGUUUAAAAAAAUCAGUGGCAAAGGGAAAACUGGAUGAUUUUGAUUUUUUUGAAAUUAAUGGUAUGAAGUUAACAGAACCAAGACAAGCUUAUGUGCAAAUUUGGAGGCAGAUGGGUGGUAACACUUGUACAUGGGAGAAAGCAUAUCGUGAACUUGAAAAGAAAUUUAUUGGUAAAAAUUCUAAAAGAUCAAUGACUUUGUUACUUGUGGAUGAGCUUGAUCUUUUGUGCACGAAACGACAAGAUGUAGUAUAUAAUUUAUUAGAUUGGCCUACAAAAACAAAUGCACAAUUAGUAGUUAUUACCAUAGCUAAUACUAUGGAUUUGCCUGAAAGAGUAUUUAUGGGUCGUGUUACUUCACGAUUAGGUCUCACACGAUUAACGUUUCAACCGUAUAAUCAUAAACAAUUACAAGAAAUAGUAUUAACUAGACUUAAGGAUUCAGAUGCAUUUAGAAGUGAAGCCAUACAAUUAGUUGCACGGAAAGUAUCUGCUGUUUCUGGAGAUGCUCGCAGAGCUUUAGAUAUAUGUCGACGUGCUACUGAAAUUGCAGAACUCCAUGAAAGAGAAAAAGUUAUUAUGGAAGAUGUAAAUGAAGCUCUAUCAGAAAUGAUAGAAAGCUCUAAAGUUCAAGCAAUAAAACAUUGUUCACAAAUGGAGCAAAUGUUCUUGCAAGCCGUAUCUGCGGAAGUAACUCGAACUGGUAUUGAAGAAGCAUGUUUUAAAAGUGUAUAUAAUCAACUUCGUUCCAUGUGCUGUUUCGAAGGUAUCAAGAUACCUACAUUAACAGAAAUAUUAGCCAUAUGUGGUAGAUUGGAAGCUAGUAGAUUAUUAAUAUGUGACAGUGUACGGAUGGAUAUACAUCAAAGAAUUUUAUUAAAUGUAUCAGCGGAUGAUAUUCAUUUUGCAUUACAACCAAUUGAUUUUAAUUAAAAAACUUGUGCUUGACUUGUUUAGUUAUUUAAAUUCUUCAUGACUGUGAAUGUAAAAGUGCUGUUAUAUUGACAUGUGCCUUAUUUUUUAAUACAGUAAAUAUUUUGUAACUGUUUUGAACCUAUUUAUACAAGAUUUUAUAAAUAAGAUAAAUAAUAAUAAAUUACAAAUAAGAAA